AUUCCAUGCAGUCCUGCAUGGAUUCCAUCCCCCACCAUCCAUCUGUGUUCUAAACAGUCCCUCAGAAUGGUCUCCAGGAGAUUGGACAAUGACAGGUGGAGCUCCCAGUUCAUCACAGAUCCCUCUUUCCAUUCUCCUGAGAAGACAACCCUUCCUGCUAAGAACCCUCCCAUCUGCCGCUUGCCACCGACCAGCGGGACAAACGAAGCAUACACUUCAGCCAAGGGACAGGGCUCCCAUGUGCCUGUGAGUGUCCUCUAUGAAGACCUUCAGGUGUCCUCCUCCUUUGAGGACAGUGACUAG